GUCGCUGAGGAUCAACAACAUACCAGAAAGAAGAGUUUUGUAGACUUCAAAAAUGCAGUGUGGCAUAAGUCAUUCUACCGACUCCUCCAUUCAAUCAAGCUGCACUCAAAAACCGGCCACUGGUUUGAAUGUGAGGCAUAUGACAAUGUCAUGUAUUCAGUUUCGUCGGCCCAUAAGUUUACAUCAGUACCAUCGGCCAACAUGAUGGUGUCAGCUAUUUACAAGGAAAUACAUACAUGA